AAGAAAUUGUAGGACUUGUCUAUUGAUAUAUGAAAAAUAAGAUCCCUCGAUUAGAUUUCUAGUACAAGGAAGGAUUACGAACCUAUUUACAGUUAGUUAAGCUUCCUUGUGUUCGACGAAAACAAAACAAAACGGUUCAUAGUCACAGUAGAUGUAAGGUGCUCUUUCAGGUUGCGCUAAAUUAUAAAGAUGAGCAGAAAUGUUUGGGUACGACUAUCUGACUUCCGAUGUCCUUCGACACAAUGUCCAUCAAAAAAGCCGUUAAAAUGGCGUUGCUUCAAGGAUGACGAGCCUGUGUUUCUUUCACAGCGAGGGGUCAUCAAAUGUCGCAGCGAUGAACAUCGAGGUGACCUAUGCCGCUGGGGAUGGAAUUGUGGGUCAGAGUACCACAAGGGGGAAUUCUUCCGGGCCGAUAUGGAGGGAUUCACCUUUGCCCUCUCUCAGGCUGUACAGCUAAUGGGGAGAAUGGGCAGCGAAUGGGUUGGUGAACUCAUAACUUCAAUCGGAAAGCAGUACGACCGUUAAAACAGCCGAUAGAUCUUGACAAUAUGCCAUUGUGACUCUUUACCAUACCAAACACUGAAUAAGCUGUUUACUUGUUAGGAUAUCACGGAAGAUUAUGUGAUAAUUAUUUUAUAAAAAAAACUUGGUCUCAACGACAAGCGUCAUUGUUUUUUGGACAUUAAAUUGUGUACAAAUUGUAA